AUGUACCAGGGGAAAACAAUCCAAUUCAGGGAUUGUUUGACUAGUCAACAUGGCAGAGCCAUUCCUCAAUUCACCAUGUGGCUAGGGAGCGAGCCAUCCAACCGGGGGACUAACUCUCAACCAGCACGUACAGCCGACACAGUCAAAGCUUGUACGCCUGAAAUACCAGUCCUACGCGUGCAGACUACCCCAAAUCCAGGGUCCACAGCAACAUCCCCUCAAGGAUGUCUUGAGUUCUAA